AUGCACUAUAGUUUAGAUUUCUAGUUAGAAGUUAUUCACUUUUAUUAUAAUUAAAUUUUCUAGUUUAAAAUGUAUAGACUUUUAGUUUUAUUUAGCCUUAUAUCGGCCAGUAUCGCUAUAUUCCCACAUCAUCAUCACCACUUCGCAGUCUCUCACCAAGAACUGGUGAAGCAUAAUGGACCACACCAUCCAGUACAAAUACACCACCCAGUACCCAUCCAUCACCAUGUCCCCAUAUUACAUCACGUGCCAGUACCACUGCCAGUUCAUCACGUACCGCACCAUGACCACUAUUCAUUUCCCGAGUACAAAUUCGCAUACUCCGUUCAUGACCACCACACGGGCGACGUGAAGUCUCAACAUGAACAUCGUCACGGAGACGUUGUCCAUGGUGGUUAUGAGUUGGUUGAACCAGAUGGUCGCUUAAGGAAAGUAGAGUACAAAGCUGAUGAUCACACAGGUUUUAACGCCGUCGUUCAUCAUUCGUCGCCUCAUCACCAUAUCCACCUGGAACACCAUAUCUAA